AGAAAUUCAGGCGAAUGGGUUUCUUGGACAACUUUUCCGGUCGCAGCGUUCUUGGCGCCGCGCUGAGCCUCUCGGUGACCACCAUCGGCGCUGGUGUCCUCGCCCUCCCUUCCGCUUUCCAAGACGGCGGCAUUGUCUUUGUACUUGCCAUCUUUGCGUUGGUGGGCACGUUGACCGUGUUGUCGAUCGACUACCUAAUCCGCUGCGUCGACUGCCUGCACCUCAAGUCGUAUGAGGACAUCUCGCGUGAGCUGUUGGGUCGCUACUGCGAGGAAGCGGUGCGUUGGGUUCUCAUCGUCUACAACGUCGGCAUUGCCGCCGGCUACAUUGUCGUGAUUGGUGAGAUUUUCACGUCGCUGCUGCCUAUCAUCCAACCCUACAUGCCGUUCCUGACCGAUAGAAUCCACGUGAUGCUCUUCGCGUGGGCCUUUGUGAUGUUGCCGCUCUCCUGCAUCCCUCACAUCACAAAGAUGAACUACAUCUCGUUUGUGGCCAUCUCUGCGACCUUUCUCAUUUCGGGGAUCAUCGUUUACCGUUACUUUGUUCCGAUUGAUGGGAAGCGCAACGCCCACAAGGUGGUGUACUUUUCCAUGAGCGAAAAGGCGCUGUUGGCGCUGCCGGUGCUGAUGUUCUCGUUCGACUGUCAGUCGCUUUCGUUUCAAAUAUACACCAAUUUGGGAAAGGUCACGCGCAGAAACAUGUUUAAUGUGUCCGUCGUGAGCGUCGUCAUCACCAGCGUCGUCUACGCCGCGGUGGGUAUCUUUGGAUACCUGACAAACGCCCCGCACAUCACCGGCAACGUUCUCACCAACUACGAUCCUCUCAAGGACCACCUCUUUGCCCUUGGUGAAGCGAUCUACUCCUUGACGGUGAUCAGCGCGUACGUACUGGUGCUGUUCCCCAGUCGCGACGCCGUCUUCAUCCUGCUGUUCGGCUUCAACACCAACACACACGAGCUCGCCCACGAGGCCAUCAGCCCGCGGCAGAACCUCGUCGUCAGCAUUUUGCUCUCAGUGCUCAGCAUCGUGCUCGCCCUGCGUGCGCCGGGCAUCAUCUUCAUCAUUGCCCUUCUCGGUGGCCUUUGCAGCAGCACGCUUUGCUUUGCCUACCCAGCCGCCUUUCGCGUUAUGUUGCACGUUAGAGGACUUGACCGCUGCAAACCGCUCGAGUUCGCCCUUGCCGUCUUCAUGUUUGUCUUUGGCGUCGUUGGCGGUAUUGUAGGCACCUUCAUUGCCAUCCGCAUCUGA